AUGUGUAUCUCCAAUGUCUUCCGUGUGUCACUCUUGAAGCCGCUAGUGUGUAAUCGUUACACCACCACUCCUCCUCCUAUUACUGCUGGUGACCAUGAGGAGUAUGAGAUAUGCAGCAUCCUUGACUCUCGUCAUGUCAGGGGUCAAGUCCAGGCGAGGGACGUGAGCUGCAAGGGAAGCCUCCUCAACUAUCGGUCUCCAACCAGGUUGAUGCCCCACCUCUACCAAACGCUCUGGCACCUUGUUGUCUUGUACAAUGUCCCCUCCUCGUACUCGGAUGGUAACCCGUCAGACUUGGCUCACAGCGGGAUAUUGGUAACUGGAGAUGUUCUCAUUGGAGCUGUGAUUCCCCUUCACAUCGACAAACUUUACCCAGAAGUCACCUUUAAAGAGAAACCCCCCGCAGAUGUCUGCACAAUGUUCCGCUUUGAGCACUAUCAGCAAUUCCAGGCUAUGAGCUUUGCUGUUGAUGAGAUCAACCAAAGUCCCAGCCUUCUCCCCAACAUCACCCUGGGCUUCUAUGCGUAUGAUUCCUGUGCUGUAAUGCAGAGGGAGCUAGAGGGCACCCUGUGGAUGCUGACAGGCUAUGAUAGCGUCAUACCCAACUACUGCUGUCGUGACCGUCCACCUCUGGCUGCCAUCAUUGGCCACUCAGCAUCCACGUACUCCAUCCUCAUGGCUCACAUUUUGGGAUUGUACAGAUACCCGCAGAUAAGCUAUUUCUCAACCAGUUCUCUUCUAAGCGACAGGACAAAGUUCCCUUCCUUCUUCAGGACCGUUCCAAGUGAUGCUUUCCAGUCUCAGGGACUGGCACAAAUGGUCAUUCAUUUUGGAUGGACGUGGGUGGGUCUUGUUGCUGCUGAUGAUGAUUAUGGCCAAGAGGGUAUAAAGAUCAUUAAACAAGAAAUAGCAAAAUCUGGAGCUUGUGUGGCAUUCACAAAGUAUAUACAGACCGUACUCUCCUACAAAAACAUCCGUGAGAUCGCCAAGGACAUUAAGACCUCAACAGCUAAAGUUGUGGUGCUUUUCUCUACGGACGUCUACCUUAUUCCUUUAUUUGUUGAACUUUUAGCACUUAAUGCAACUGGGAAAGUCUUUGUAGCUAGCGAAGCUUGGUCUAUCUCAAAUGUACUCUCAAUAGAUAAAUAUUCUUCCAUCUUGUUGGGAACAAUUGGUUUUGCUUAUCACAGCUCAAAGAUCCAAAACUUUAAACACUAUCUAAACAGCAUUGACCCGUACAAUACUCCAGGUCCUUCUUGGGCCAACAUUUUCUGGGAGGAAGCUUUUGGGUGCACAUUGCCUGACCAAAAGAAUGUCAAUGGCUCAAGGAAUGCAUUGAAUGUAUGUACUGGAGAGGAGGACCUCAAUAGCAUCCAUAAUCUUUAUAAUGAUGUGUCAAGCUUGAGAACAGCUUACAAUGUUUACACUGCUGUCUAUAUUAUAGCUAAAGCUCUUGAUGACCUUACGCUUUGCAAAGAUGAGGAGGGAUCCUUAUUGAGGGGAAAGUGCAGAGUUAUUGAGAAAUUUAAAGCGUGGCAGCUCUUACACUACUUCAAGAAAGUACGGGUUGAACUGAGUGACAAGAGAAAAGUUUUCUUUGAUGAGAAUGGGGAUCCACCAGCCGCCUAUGAUGUGGUGAACUGGCAAAAGAACCAAGAGGGUGCCAUGGUCCAGAUGAAGGUUGGAAACUACGACACUGUGGCCUCAUCUGGAGAAACCUUUUCCGUAAAUACAAGUUCAGUGUGGUGGCCAGAUGGGAAACAGGAGGUCCCAAUCUCUAUUUGUAGCGUUAGCUGCUUGCCGGGGUUCAGGAAGGCACCCCGUAGAGGAGAGCCCAUAUGCUGCUUUGAAUGUGUCCCUUGUCCACAGGGAGAGAUCUCUAAUGACACAGAUGCCAUAGAUUGUUCCAAGUGUCCAUGGGAUAUGUGGCCGAAUGCAGAAAAGGAUCGAUGUCUGCCAAAACCCAUUGAAUAUCUUUCAUACAGUGAGCCAUUGGGAAUAAUGUUGAUGGCUACAAGCCUUUCCUCCUCCAUGGUCCCAGCUUCCAUUUUCAAACUUUUCCUUCGUUACAGGACCACUCCAAUUGUAAGAGCCAAUAAUUAUUCAGUGAGUUGUAUUUUGCUAUUGUCCCUGUCGCUCUGCUUUCUCUGUUCUUUGACUUUUAUUGGUUAUCCUGAGGCUGAAAAGUGUCUUCUGCGCCAGGCUGCCUUCGGUAUGGCCUUUGCUCUCUGUGUCUCCUGUAUCUUGGCCAAGACUCUCAUGGUAGUUUUUGCCUUUAUGGCCACAAAACCAGGAAGCAGCCUGAAGAGAUGGACCAGUCCUCAUGUGUCUUACAUGGUGAUUGCCACCAGUUCUAUCCUACAGUUUCUUCUGUGCAUUAGUUGGGUGGUGGCUGCUCCGCCAUUCCCUCAAUAUAACACAGAAACACAACCUGGCAUCAUUAUUGUGGAAUGCAAUGAGAACUCACCUACUGCCUUUUGGAGCAUGCUGGGAUAUCUUGGCCUCUUGGCCUUCAUCAGUUUUGUUGUUGCGUUCUUGGCCAGAGGACUCCCAGACAACUUCAACGAGGCCAAAUUUAUCACCUUCAGUAUGUUAGCCUUCUUAAGUGUCUGGAUAUCCUACAUCCCGGCCUCUCUCAGCUCAAAAGGAAAGUACACCGUGGCCAUGGAGAUCUUUGCAAUCCAGUCAUCAAGCUGGGCUCUAGUGAUCUGUAUGUUUCUUCCCAAAUGUUUCAUCAUCCUGUUUCGACCAGAGAUGAACUCCAAAGAACAUAUCAUGGGGAAAGAGAAAGGCCGGAAAUAG